AUGGCUGCCCCCCAGCAUUCACAGCCACGGUCUCUCUCCCCUGACUUGGAGGUCUUGAGCUACGUCAACAGCUUGAUGGAGGUCUUCAAGGCCUUCGAUUCCAACAGCGAUGGACUGAUAACUUGCGAUGAGCUCGGAGGAAUUAUGGGUUCCCUCGGAUAUAACAUGAGCGAGCGAGAGGUGAACGAUAUGAUGAGGCGAGGCGACACGGACCGCGAUGGACUGUUGAGCAUGCAAGAGUUCCUAGAGAUGAAUACAAGGGAGCUUGAUCUUGGGGACCUUGUCGAUCUCCUCCAGGCUGCGGUCCGGGCGCUCGGCUUGGAGAUGGGGAAUGACGAAGUGGUGACUGGGGCAGAGCUGUACAACGUGCUGUGCUCCAUGGGAGGUGCGAGCAUGGAGGACUGCAUGGAUAUCAUUGCUUGUUUGGAUGGAGAUGGAGAUGGUGCCGUCAGCCUUCAGGACCUCCAAUGCAUAGUCCAAGCCCUUCUCUAG